AUGAACAGGUCAGAGUCAGAGGCAAAAGAUCAAUUUAGCAAGCUCCCUGAUGAUCUGUUCGUCUUAAUCCUAACAAAAAUCCGUCAACAAGACUUCAAAUUCCUGUCUCGGUGCUCUCUGAUCUCCAAACUUUUUGCUUCAUCAAUCCCUCUUAUGCCUUCUGUUUCUAUCUCAAUAUCCCCGCCAAAUACUCCAAAACCCACUUCAGAUUUCUCCAAAUCAUCCUUACAAGACGUCGCCGAUCGGUUUAUCGACCGGAAAAUGGACUACUUGACUUCCCUUCGGCCUCAGAUCCAAAAAGCCCUAAUUUUCCUCAAAAAGUUCACAAUGAUUCGAGCUCUUGAUGUUGUUUUCAUCACCGACGACGAUGAUGAAGAUGACCCGAAAGAAGGGGGGUUUCGAUACGGAGCAAACGGAGGAAGCCAUGGCUGUAAUCAACCAGGUUCCAGAAAAGGGGGUAAAAUCUGCUUGACAGCACAAGAGAUUCUCGAUUUAAGAAAUUCUUUGUCGCCUGAAGAUGUUUCCAGGAUCUCCGGAAAUGGAAAUGGGAUUGGAGUGACGAUCAAUGUGAAAUCUGCAUAUAUUCCUGUAUUACGUCUGCCAUCAUCUGGUUAUGCCAUGAAAUCAGUAUCUCUUGUGGUUGUGAGAGUAGGGAGAAGACUUUAUCAUCCGGGAGACGAAGCUUUUCCUACUGAAACCGACACAGAGACUGAUUCAGACUCUGAUGAUGAUCAUGAAGAUGGUCAGAUUGAGUAUGACGAUAAUGAUAUAAUAAAUUGGGAAUUUGAUUCAGAAGAAGAAGUUUUUCGUGAAGCUGUAACUUUGAUUUUGGUGGAUCAUAAGGACAAGAUGCAACGAGAAACCUAA